AUGUCAAAAUCUAUAUCGUCUGCUACUAAUAGCAGUGAGGAAAUAUCAAUAUCAAAGAAACAACAAGAUCAUCUCAUAUAUGAAACAACAUCUUAUGGUGUCAAUGAAGUUUAUACGAUAGAUCCUGAAGCUAACAUCAGAGAAGAUCUAACGAGAGCUUUAAAGCCUCGUCAUAUCAAUAUGAUCUCUAUUGCAGGUAUUAUCGGUACAGGUCUAUAUCUAUCAACUUCCACUUCUCUGCAUAAAGGUGGUCCAGCUUCUCUUUUCAUAAAUUAUUCCCUUAUAGGUGGUAUAGUUUACUUAACUCUAUUAUGUCUAGCAGAAAUGUCUACUUACAUGCCAAUUAGUGGUUCUUUCUGUACAUAUGCAAAGAAAUUUGGUUCCGACUCUUUCGCUAUGGCUCUAAUGUGGAAUUAUUGGUUUAAUGACGCUGUCUCUGUCGCAAGUGAUUUAACCGCUUUACAAUUAGUAAUGGACUAUUGGAACACUGAUUCAAACCAUUUCCCUUACUGGGCUGCUUCCCUAAUCUUUUGGUUCUUUGUAUUGUCUCUAAACGUCAUUCAUGUCAGAUUCUAUGGAGAGGCAGAAUAUUGGUUAGCAAUGUUAAAAGUUAUUGCAAUCAUUAUCUUCUUUAUCAUGUCUAUCAUCGUCAAUGUAGGUCAUAACCCUCAGCAUGAAUACAUCGGUUUCAAAAAUUGGACCGUAGGUGAAGCUCCUUUUGUAGAUGGCUUCAAAGGUUUUGCAUCUCUUUUCGUCAGUGCAAGUUUCGCUUACGGUGGUACUGAAUCAAUCACUCUAACAAGUGGUGAAUCCGAUAAUCCAUUGAGAAAUACUCCAAAAAUCGUCAAAACUGUCUUUUGGAGAAUCCUUUUCUUCUACAUCGGUACAACUUUCUUCAUUGCAAUGAAUGUUCCAUAUAACUAUCCAGGCCUUUCAUCAGGCUCCGUUGUUACUUCUCCAUUCACCAUCGUUUUCAAAAUGGCUGGUACUGCUGGCGCAGGUUCCUUCAUGAACGCAGUCAUCAUGACUAGUGUCAUCAGUGCUUGUAAUCACGCCCUAUUUGCUGGUAGUCGUAUCAUGUACAAUAUGGGUCUAGAAGGUUACUUACCAAAAAGCAUCGUCUCAAGAACUAAUAGAUACAAAGUUCCAUACGUCGCAGUCCUCAUCACUUGGGCAGUCGGUGGUCUAUGUUUCGGUGCUUCAUUCAUUGGCGCAGGUACAUUAUGGACUUGGUUACAAAAUAUCGUCGGUGUCUCAAAUCAAUUAGCUUGGUUAUGUAUCGCAAUCACUUCAAUUAGAUUUAGACAAGGUCUUGAAGCCCAAAAUAAGACUCACGAACUGAAAUUCAAAAAUUGGACUUACCCAUUCGGUCCAUAUUUCCUAGUCGUUGCAGUCACUUUCAUUAUCCUCGUACAAGGUUGGUCAUCAUUCGCUCCAUGGAACGUAUCAAAUUUCUUCUCAGUUUACAUCGAAUUAUUCGUUUUCCCAUUCUGUUUCAUCAUAUGGUGGCUCUAUAAAAGGGAUCCCUUCGUUAAAUGUAAAGAUAUGGAUUUCGUCACCGAUAAGUACGUCCCAUCCCAAGAAAUUAUCGAAUUAAAUGAAAAAUUAGACAACUUGAAAGGUUGGAAAAGAGUUAGGCAGUUCAGUAGUGACUAUCUCAUUUGA